AUGAAAAGGAAGCUUGUUGAGAUGGAAGAGGAAGCCUUGAAGCUUCGAAAGAUGCAGGAGGACUCUGAAAAGCAAGACGAUGGUAUUUCACCUGAAAAGGAGACCACCGAUGCCCGCUCCGUGUACAUCGGCAACGUCGAUUAUGGAGCCUCUCCAGAAGAAUUGCAAAAACAUUUUGAGUUUGCCUAUGUUGAGUUCAAAGAUGAAGAGUCCGUUGCAGCUGCUGUGGCGCUUAGCGAAAGUGUCUUGCGAGGACGGCUGAUAAAGGUGCUUCCAAAGCGGACAAAUGUGCCUUUUUUCCAACUUGCCCAGCAAAGAGGUGGGUACAGAGGCUACCAUCGGGGUGGAUAUCAUCACCCCCCUCCGCCUCAACCAUACUAUCCACCCGCAUCUUAUUACUACGCACCUCGGGGCUCAAGAGGAGGAUAUGCAUCCGCUAGAGGAGCUAGCAGGUAUCCGAGGGGAGCCUCUGGGUAUCGAGGCGGGCGAAGAGGAACCUCUGGGCAUUCCAGCGCAGGCUCUCUAUCUGGCGACGAAUCAGGUUCCAAAUAA